AUGUCUGAGUCCAUCACGAUCCGCACGCGGCGGUUUAUCCGAAACCCCCUGCUUGGAAGAGUAUGUUCUCCCUCUCAGUCGCUAAAUUUGAGUGACAUCCUCCACCCUGGCCACGCUGGCAUCGCCAAGUCCGACCUCCGCGACCGCCUCUCCCAGCUGUACAAGGCUUCCGCUGAGCAGGUCAGCGUCUUCGGUCUGAGGACUCACUUCGGUGGUGGCAAGACUAGCGGAUUUGCGCUGGUCUACGACUCCCCCGAGGCCAUGAAGAAGUUCGAGCCACGACACCGCCUCGUCCGUGUCGGACUCGCCGUCAAGCCCGAGAGAGCUUCCCGCCAGCAGCGCAAGCAACGCAAGAACCGUAUGAAGACGCUCCGUGGUACCGCGAAGGUGAAGGGCGCAAAGGCCAAGAAGGACAAAUAA